GUCGACUACUGAAUCAGCCACAUCGGUAGCUUGCUAGCCGACAUAAAACCGAAUAAUUGAAGCUACUUUGACUAUUUUGUGUAUAUUAAUAUGUGUUUUAGACACAAUUGUUUGUACGUAUAUAGGUGUUAACUUAACGUACUUGUUCAAUGUAUUAAUUUGUUCAGAUUGAUUUGAUUCUGAGCCUCGCACUAGGCUAGUCGCUAAUGCUACCUAGCUAGCAUACGUCCCUUACCAUGAGCUCACUAAGCUACUCGCCCCUUGCUAAAGAAGAGGAUGUCUAUUGGACGGAGAAAGGAGCUCUGGAGCUGAACAUUGUCGUAAAAGAAGAAGAUGAUAAUAGUACAGUGAAAGAAGAAGAAGCUUUCAGAAUCAAACAGGAGGAAAUCACACCGACAGAAGAACAGGAGGAUGUUGUCGUGAAAAAAGAGAAAGAUCUUUUUGGAGUGAAAGAGGAAGAGGGGAUAGAGGCUGUCGCGGUGGUAGAGGAGGAGGUAGAAGCUUUCAGAAUCAAAAAGGAGGAAGACGAGUCUGUUAUAGUGAAAGAAGAUAAAUAUAUUUUUGUAGUGAAAGAGGAAGAUGUAGAAGCUUUCAGAAUCAAAAAGGAGGAAGAGGAGGAUGUUAUCGUGAAAAAAGUAGAAGAACCUUUUAGAGCGGAAGAGGACGAUAUCUCAAUGAAGGUAGAGGGGAUAGAGGCUGUCAGAGUGGAAGAGGUAGAAGCUUUCAGAAUUAAACAAGAGGAAGAUGAGGAUGUUAUAGUGAAAAAAGUAGAUGAACCUUUUAGAGAGGAAGAGGACAAUAUCUCAAUGAAGGUAAAGGAGGAAGACGUUUUGGGAGUGAAAGAGGAGGAAGGAGAUGAAGAGGAGACUGAAGAUCUGAUUAACACCAAAGAGCGACCCGACUUAGAGGAACCAGAGACGUCUGAACCAGCGAGACGACACCACUGUUCCCAGUGUGGAAAGAGUUAUACCCAUUUAGGGAAUCUUAAAAACCACAAGAGAACACAUGCAGAGAAGAAGUCUUACAACUGUUCCCAGUGUGGAAAGAGUUUUCACCAUUUAGGGAAUCUUAAAAACCACAAGAGAACACACGCAGAGAAGAAGUCUUACAACUGCUCUCAGUGUGGAAAAAGUUUUAACCAUUUAGGGAAUCUUAAAAACCACAAGAGAACACACGCAGAGAAGAAGUCUUACAACUGUUCCCAGUGUGGAAAGAGUUUUAACCAUUUAGGGAAUCUUAAAAACCACAAGAGAACACACGCAGAGAAGAAGUCUUACAACUGCUCUCAGUGUGCAAAGAGUUUUACUCGUUUACGUAACCUAAAAUCGCAUGAGAGACGACACACAGGAGAUAAGCCUUACCAAUGCUCUCAGUGUGGUAAGAGAUUUAUUGAGUCAACAGAACUGAAAGUUCAUAAGAGAAUACACACAGGGGAAAAACCAUUCCAAUGCUCUGAGUGUGGAAAUACAUUUUCCCGAUCAGGGGACCUGAAAUCACAUGAGAGAAUACACACAGGGGAAAAGCCUUACCACUGUUCCCAUUGUGAAAAGAGUUUCAGUUGGUCAGGGCAACUGAAAGAGCACAAGAGAAUACACACAGGUGAAAAGCCAUUCCAAUGCUCGCAGUGUGAAAAGAGUUUUACUCAGAUUGGGAACCUGAGAACACAUGAGAGAAUACACACAGGAGAGAAGCCAUUCCAUUGCUCUCAGUGUGGAAAGAGUUUUACCCAAUUAAGGAGCCUGAAAAGUCAUGAGAGGGCACACACAGUGGAGAAGCCUUUCCAAUGAUCUCAGUGUGAAAAUGGUUUUACCCGGUUAGGGUACCUGAAAACACAUGAGGUGACACACAAAGGAGGGUAGCCUCACCUCUGCUCCCAGUGUGAAAUUCAUUAGAGUUAACUGCACCUCAGAUUGCAGCCCAAAUACAGGGUUACCCAAGUAUGUGUCACAGCAUCAUCGGACUGAGCUUGUUGUCAUUGCAGGCAAUCUCAAUGCUGUGUGUUACAGGGAAGACAUCCUCCUCCCUCAUGUGGUACCCUUCCUGCAGGCUCAUCCUGACAUGACCCUCCAUGACCCUGAGUGAUUUCUUGCAAGACAGGAAUGUCAGUGUUCUGCCAUGGACAGCAAAGAGCCCGGAUCUCAAUCCCAUUGAGCACGUCUGGGCCCUGUUGGAUCGGAGGGUGAGGGCUCGGGCCAUUCCCCCCAGAAAUGUCCGGGAACUUGCAGGUGCCUUGGAGGAAGAGUGAGAACGGGCAAAUCUGGUGCAGUCCAUGAGGAGGAGAUGCACUGCAGUACUUAAUGCAGCUGGUGGCCACAGCAGAUACUGACUGUUACUUUUGAUUUUGAACCCGCCCCCUUUGUUCAGGGACACAUUAUUCAAUUUCUGUUAGUCACGUGUCUGUGGAACUUGUUCAGUUUAUGUCUCGGUUGUUAAAUCUUGUUAUGUUUAUACAAAUAUUUACUCGUGUUAAAUUUGCUGAAAAUAAACUCAGUUGA